UGUGUGUGUGCGCGUGUGUGUCAGUCCGGGCUGCCGUGUCCCCGUGCUCCAGCAGGUGCUCUAAGAACAAAGUAGCCCUCCGUCCCACAUACCUGGUACACAGACGGUCAAGAAAGCCAAACUGAAGCAUUCAACAGGCUGGCAGGAGACUAACGUGGCCACAAGGAUUCAGGGAAAUGGCAGGAGAAAUUCAGCUCCCGAAGUCCAGCACGAACAGUCCGGCACCCACGCAUCACCAGCCCAAUGCCACAGGCAGCCCCGACAGCACCACGGAGAAGGUGACUCUAAAAAAGGAAAUAGGACUCGUCAGUGCAUGCGCCAUCAUAAUAGGUAAUAUUAUAGGAUCUGGUAUUUUUAUCUCCCCUAAAGGGGUCCUAGAACACAGUGGCUCGGUGGGACUGGCGUUAAUUAUCUGGGUCCUCGGAGGAGGGAUUUCGGCUCUGGGGUCCUUGUGUUACGCAGAGCUUGGAGUCGCAAUCCCAAAAUCAGGAGGUGAUUAUUCAUAUGUCACUGAGAUUUUUGGUGGGUUAACAGGGUUUUUGCUGCUCUGGAGUGCAGUUCUUAUUAUGUACCCGACGAGUCUGGCAGUCAUCGCAUUAACCUUCUCCAACUACGUCCUGCAGCCCGUGUUCCCGGAGUGCAUCCCUCCUUACGACGCCACCAGAGCCCUGUCUAUAGUCUGCUUGUUGUUACUGACCUGGGUGAACAGCACCAGCGUGCGGUGGGCCACGCGGAUCCAGGAUAUUUUCACUGCCGGCAAGCUGCUAGCAUUGGGACUUAUUAUAGUCUUGGGGUUCAUGCAGAUAUUUAAAGGAAAUUACGAAGCGCUCGUGCCUAGUAACGCAUUUACAUUCUGGAUGACUCCUUCGGUGGGGCAGCUGGCAUUGGCCUUUCUACAAGGUUCCUUUGCAUUCAGCGGAUGGAACUUUCUAAAUUACGUCACAGAAGAACUGGUGGAACCCAGAAGGAACCUACCUCGCGCCAUAUUCAUCUCCAUCCCCUUGGUGACAUUUGUCUAUACGUUUACCAACAUAGCUUACUUCACCGCCAUGACACCUCAGGAGCUGAUGUCGUCCAACGCUGUGGCAGUUACUUUUGGUGAAAAGCUACUGGGUUAUUUUUCUUGGAUCAUGCCUGCAUCAGUAGCGCUCUCCACAUUCGGAGGGAUAAACGGAUACCUCUUUACCUCAUCCAGGUUAUGCUUUUCUGGGGCCAGAGAAGGUCACCUGCCCAGCUUACUCGCCAUGAUCCACUUCAAAUACUGCACACCCGUUCCAGCUCUGCUUGUCUGCUGUGGAGCUACUAUAAUCAUCAUGCUUGUGGGGGAUACCUACACCCUGAUCAAUUACGUAUCGUUCAUUAACUACCUCUGCUACGGAGUAACAAUUAUGGGACUUAUUGUUCUACGGUUCAAGAAGCCCAAAAUGUUCCGACCAAUCAAGGUGAAUCUGAUCGUUCCGAUCACCUAUCUGGUAUUCUGGGCAUUUCUCCUGAUCUUCAGUUUUUACUCCGAGCCGAUGGUCUGUGGGAUCGGACUAAUUAUUAUUUUAACCGGCGUGCCCGUUUUUUUCCUGGGAGUUUACUGGAGGAAAAAACCACAGUGUAUAGAUAGAUUUAUUGAAUCUAUGACUUACUGUGGACAGAAAGUGUGUUACGUUGUUUACCCUCAGCCGGCCACUCCGGACGAAGACUUGAUUCCUUACGACGAGGAGUUUUGUGAAAAUGAAAAGUCUCUUAAAGCCCAAUGACCGAUGCUGAAAGUCACGCGCAGCAUUCUGUUUACAUGCUGAUUUUUUCGGAGAAAAAUGUAAAAUAAUAAAAAAAAAAAAACACACACAAAAGAACGUACUUGAACAGCUAGCGUUAUAGAGGAACGUUGAAAAUAAUGGCUCAU